AUUGGAAGUUGAUUUUUUUUAGAACGGUGAAGUCGCAUUAUGUAUGUAUCAAAAUGACCCUGAUGCUUGUAAAAUAAUCGUUGCUCGUGACACCCACUCUUCCUCAUUUCUUGAAAAGAGAAUUCCCGUUACGUUAUUUCCAAAAUCUAACGACGUGGGAUAUCAAUCUGGACUCUUGAGAGUAAAAUCGACAAGUAGAAAAAUCGAGAAUAUAUAAGUAGAUGAGGACGACAAUAAAGUUUAUUGAAUCAAUUUUGAUUUUCAACUGGGUAAAGCUUGCAGGACUUUAUAGUAGUGUGAAAAUGGUAUUCAAACAAGUUUUCAUUUUUGUAUUUUGCGGGCUGUGGAUAUACGGAGAAAGCAAUGUCAUUUCUGCUAGACGGAAACCUUUUCGAUGCUUGAAACCAUUUUCUUGCAUUGAUGUGAACAACAAUACAUUCAGAUGCUCAGAAGAAAAUGUUGAAUGUUGUCGGAAAAAUAAUGCAACUUUAGCAGUUGAGGAAUAUCCUCGAGGAAAGGAAUGUUGUGAAGGUGCGGGCAUAUUCGACGUUCAAACUCACAAAUGUGUUAAUGGAGCACUACUCAACAGAAAAAAUGUGCUACCAUGCGGAUCAAAUAGUUUCUAUAAUCAAGAUACGCAGACAUGCUGCACGUUACAUGGGGGUAAUCAUUCAAUGCAAUAUCUAACAGAAGGGUUAAAGAUGUGUUGUGGCAUUAAAUACGUGCAUUCUGAUUAUGAGGGAUGUUGUAAUGGUACAAGCUACGAUAAAAAUAUAUUCUGUUGCAAAAAUAAAAGUUUGAUAUUACCAAUACGAGAGUGUCACGGAUUAUCAAAUACCAAGUCUCAAAAUUAUUCGAACAUUUUUGGUGAAACAAACUGUACAAAACGAGUUUGUUCUUCACUUGUUAUGGAAAAAAGAUUUGAUUUACAUCGGCAUAUGGCGGCGUACAUGUUCACAUUUCAAGUAGGAAGAAUAAAAGGCGAAACAUCAUCUCACCAAAUUUACAAAGUAAAAUACGGAAAACAACUGCUCGGGAAGAAAGGAAAAAUUAAAACGGUAGAAAAGAAUUUAAAAAUCGUUGGUUUACCUAAAUGUGGGUGUCCUAAAAAUCUCCGUAUCGGGACUGAUUAUGUUGUAAUAACAAAAACAAAAGUAUAUUUUAAGAAAUUGUUUUUGCAUGGAAAUAAAUACUUUAUUUUAUCCGUAAAUUCAACAGAUGUUUUUGCGAAAGUUUUUCACUUAUAACACUUUCAAGUACAAUUUAUAGUUUGUGCCUCUACUUGUUAGUUGUUAACACUUUAAAUAUUUAUUCAUAUAAGCCAAUAAUACGUAUGGUAUGGAUAAAUUAAAUUUCGUCAAGUCCACAAACAGCUCCAAUUCAUAUUAUGUCCGGUUAACUCGUGCAAAGGCGUUAUCUGUUCAUACUAGUGAAACUGCCAGUGAUUUAUUAUAACACAUUAGGUACAAUAAAUAUCAAGAAUCGCUCUUGUUGUUUGCUACUAAAAUAUCCGCCAUAUUCUAUUUCAUAUACAAUUUACUCUUGAUAAGGCGUUUUCUAUUUAUAAUUUGUGGUAGUACUGGCAUGUGUGACUGACAGGGGACAAACGACGAGACUCUUUUUAAAAAUGGUUUAUAUUCUGGAAAAUGUCUUUUUCUUAUUGAUUUAGUAUUCUGCACGUUUGUGUUUACA